AUGGCUGACCGUGGCGGAGCAGCUCCCGACCGCGGUGGACGCGGUGGUGGUUUCGGAGGACGUGGCGGCGACCGUCGCCCUCGCGGCCGUGGUCGUGGUCGCCGCGGCGGCAAGGGCGAGGAGAAGGAGUGGCAGCCCGUCACCAAGCUCGGCCGUCUCGUAAAGGCCGGCAAGAUCAACAGCAUGGAGGAGAUUUACCUGCACUCCCUGCCCAUCAAGGAGUACCAGAUUGUCGACCACUUCCUCAAGGACUCCCUCAAGGACGAGGUCAUGAAGGUGCGCAACAACUCUCUGCCCCAUAUCAAGCCCGUCCAGAAGCAGACCCGUGCCGGUCAGCGUACCCGUUUCAAGGCCGUCGUCAUCAUCGGUGACUCGCAGGGCCACGUCGGUCUCGGCAUCAAGACCUCCAAGGAAGUUGCCACGGCCAUUCGCUCCGCCAUCAUCAUCGCCAAGCUCUCCGUCAUCCCCGUCCGCCGCGGCUACUGGGGCAACAACCUGGGUCAGCCUCACUCGCUGCCCUGCAAGGAGUCUGGCAAGUGCGGUUCCGUCACCGUCCGCCUGAUCCCCGCCCCCCGCGGUACCGGCCUCGUCGCCUCCCCCGCCGUCAAGCGCUUCCUGCAGCUCGCCGGUGUCGAGGACGCCUACACCUCGUCGGCCGGCUCCACCAAGACGCUCGAGAACACCCUCAAGGCCUGCUUCGUCGCCGUCUCCAACACCUACGGCUUCCUCAGCCCCAACCUGUGGAAGGAGACCAAGCUGCUGCGCAGCCCGCUGGAGGAGUUUUCCGACUCGCUCAAGGAGACCAAGCGCGUCUAA